AUGAAUGGCCAUGCUGUAGAGAGCUUGACUCACCUCACCGACUCCGGCAUCGACGCCGCGAAGAAGAUGGUGCAGGAUGAACCGGCCAUCAAGGAGCUCGACGCUUCGAAGUUGACUGUUACCAGAACUUCUAAUCCAAGGGAUAUUCCGGAAGUCAAUUCUCAUGAAGUAUGGGACAUGAAGACUUGCACAGACCAUAUGGUCAUGGUAACAUGGACAACCGGCGCCGGCUGGCACGCACCAGAAAUUAAGCAAUACGGACCUCUGACCAUGUCACCAAUCGCUUCAUGUCUGCACUAUGCAACUCAAUGCUUCGAGGGUCUGAAAGUCUACCGUGGUUACGAUGGCAAGCUUCGACUCUUCCGUCCUGAUAAGAACUGUGCUAGGCUCUUGAUGAGCUCGCAAAGGGUUGCUCUCCCGCCGUUUGAUCCCGUUGAGUUGGAGAAGCUUAUGAAGGCAUUCUUGAAAGUGGAUGGCCCGAAAUGGCUCCCAAAGAGCCGGCCAGGAACAUUCUUAUAUAUCAGACCAGCUGUUAUUGGAAAUGGACCAGAAAUUGGUGUGACUGCACCAGGUGAAGCUCUUCUCUUCAUCGUUGCUGUUGCUUGGCCAGAUUUGUCAAGUGCUUCGAGACCUGGAAGUCCGCCAAGGGCACCCGGAUUGAAGUUACUUGCGUCAAAGAGUGACGUUAGGGCUUGGCCUGGUGGCUUUGGUUAUGCUAAGGUUGGAGCAAAUUACGGCCCUGCAUUCGUAGCUCAUAUGGAAGGACGAAAAUCUGGCUACGAUCAAAUCUUGUGGCUGCUCGGAUCUGAUUUCCAAGUGACCGAAGCAGGUGCAAGCAACUUCUUCGUAGUCUGGAAGACCAAAGAGGGAAAACAGCAACUCGUAACUGCUCCACUGGAUUCUAAGAUUAUUCUCGAUGGCAUUACUCGACGAAGUGUCGUCGAGCUGUCUAGAGAAAGACUUGUCGAGGGAUCGAAGCACCUCGCUCCAAAGAUGGAAGCUUUGGAGGUCGUGGAGAGGACCUACACUAUGAUUGAGCUAGAAGAGGCGUGGAAAGAGGGCAGACUAGUUGAGGCUUUCGUGUCUGGCACCGCGUACUUUAUUACGCCGUGCUCAGCGAUCAAUUUCAGGGACAAAGAGCUGGAUAUCCCGAUGGGUGAUGGGACCAGUGGAUACUACGCUGCGCUGCUGAAGAAGUGGUUGAAUGACAUUAAGUAUGGAAACGAAUCUCAUGAAUGGGGUGUUGUAGUGGAGGAAAAUUAG